AACUCAACAGGUUGCCAUAACAAAUAUCUGUUUUGUGGGUGAUCACCAAAAGCUCUGUACUAAUUGUAAGUACAGAAGAACAUCCAUAAAAGAUCGGUCACUGACUCACUGAUCUUUACCAGCUUGAUUUAACGUACAAGCAAAAGAUUUGCUUGGAUUCUUGUUAAUCUUUUGGGGGUUCCAGACAUGUUCUUCCUCAAACAUGCACUCUUUGUUUCUGUUGUAGCCCUCAGUUGCUUGAGCACACAAAGAUUUGCUACUGCUAUGGUGCCCCAAGAUGAAGUGGAUGCUCUCCAGCAAAUUGCCAAGACAAUGGGGGCUACUUACUGGAAGUUUAAUGCCACCUCUUGCGAAUUGGAAAUGGUCGGCGUUUCGUCGCCGGAGCCGCCACCCCUUUCUGAGAAGAACGUUACUUGCAAUUGCCAAUUCGAGAACAAUACCUGCCACAUUGUAGCCAUAGCAAUCAAGAGGUUCAGUCUGCCAGGUGUACUUCCACCUGAACUGGUUCAGCUUCCUUACCUCCAGAACAUUGAUUUUGCUUACAACUAUCUAAGUGGGUCAAUUCCAAUGCAGUGGGGUUCAAUGCAAUUGAAGUUUAUCUCUGUUCUUGGAAACCGACUGUCAGGGGAGAUACCAAAGGGCUUGGGUAACUUCUGGAAUCUCACAUACUUGAAUCUUGAAGCAAAUCAAUUUUCUGGAACGCUCCCUUCAGAACUUGGGAAGUUGGUUAACUUGGAAACUUUGAUGCUAUCCUCCAAUAAUUUGAGUGAGAAUUUGCCAGAGGAACUUGGUGGGCUGAAAAACUUGACGGAUUUCCGUGUAAAUGAUAACAACUUAAAUGGAACAAUACCGGAUUUUAUUCAGAACUGGAAACAACUUGAGAGACUAGAAAUGAUUGCUAGUGGACUCAAAGGGCCCAUACCAUCAUCCAUUUCAGUUUUGGAAAAGUUAACAAAUUUGAGGAUUAGUGACAUAAAUGGGACAAUUCAGGCUUUUCCAGAGUUGAGAAACAUGACAGGCCUAACGAGAUUAAUUUUGAGGAACUGUAAUAUUUCUGAUGAAAUCCCUGACUACAUCUGGAGAAUGAAUGAUCUACGAAUUUUGGAUCUCAGUUUUAACAAGUUAAGUGGAGAACUACCCACUGUUAUAAGCACAAAGAGUAUAAAGUUCAUUUUCUUAAGCGGCAACUUGCUUAGUGGAAAUGUUCCGGAGUCAAUCUUGCAGAAAGGAACUAACGUGGAUCUCUCUUACAAUAACUUUGUAAGGCAAAGCGCAGAGCAGCCUGCUUGCCAGGCUAAUUCUGGUGGAAAUGAUGUAGCCUUCAAGGAAGAUAAAGCAACUGUUAUGUAUGAAGGAGAUGCAGAUGCUGAAGGUGGCACUGCAAAAUUCUUUAUCCGUGACAAUAGUUACUGGGGAUUUAGCAGCACUGGAGACUUUAUGGAUGAUAACGAUUUCCAAAAUAUACUUUACACUGUAUCUCUCUCAUCAUCAAAUGUCACUGAAUUGUAUCGGACAGCACGUGUAUCUCCUAUAUCGCUUACUUAUUUCCAUUAUUGCUUGGAGAAUGGAAACUACACUGUAAAUCUUCACUUUGCAGAGAUACAGUUUACAAAUGAAGAAACAUAUAGCAGUCUUGGGAAGCGUGUAUUUGAUAUCUAUGUUCAGGUAAUGAGCCACAAUGAUUAUUUCAAUAUUGAAGAUUACACUGGUGUUGCUCAAAAGCCAGUAGUCAAGCCUGUGUCCAAUGUCAGCGUGUCAAAAAAUGUCUUAGAGAUCCGAUUCUAUUGGGCUGGUAAAGGGACAACGAGAAUCCCUAAUAUUGGAGUUUAUGGUCCCCUUAUAUCAGCUGUUUCUGUGGUUUCUGAUUUUAAGCUUUGUCCAAAUGGUGGAACCAAGCAAACCGUUCAUAUCAUUGUUGGAGUUGCAAUUGGAGCAGUAUGCUUACUACUCUUUUUAGUGGGAAUCCUUUGGUGGAAAGGCUGUUUGUGGAGGAAAAGAGGGAGAAAAACAGAUGUUCAAGGGCUAGAGUUGCAGACAGGAAGUUUUACCUUAAAACAAAUAAAAGCUGCUACUAAUGACUUUGAUUCUGCCAACAAGGUUGGAGAAGGUGGGUUUGGUCCAGUGUUCAAGGGUCAAUUACCUGAUGGUACUGUCAUAGCAGUUAAGCAGCUCUCAUCUAAAUCGAAACAAGGAAAUCGUGAAUUUUUAAAUGAGAUAGGCAUGAUUUCUUGUUUGCAACACCCAAAUCUUGUGAAGCUUCAUGGAUGUUGUAUUGAAGGGGAUCAAUUAUUAUUGGUGUAUGAGUAUAUGGAAAAUAAUAGCCUUGCUCGGGCUCUAUUUGGUCCAAAAAACAGCCAGCUUAAAUUAGAUUGGCCUACAAGGCUUAAGAUCUGUAUUGGGAUAGCAAGAGGUCUAGCUUUUCUCCAUGAAGAAUCAGUACUCAAGAUUGUUCACAGAGACAUUAAAGCAACUAAUGUGUUGUUGGAUGGAGACAUGAAUCCUAAAAUAUCUGACUUUGGAUUGGCUAAGCUUGAUGAAGAGGAGAAAACUCACAUUAGUACCCGAGUCGCUGGAACAAUAGGAUAUAUGGCACCGGAAUAUGCAUUAUGGGGUUAUCUGACCUACAAAGCAGAUGUUUACAGUUUUGGAGUUGUGGCCUUAGAAAUUCUGAGUGGAAAGAACAAUAGUAACUAUGUGCCAAGUGACAAUUGUGUUUGUCUUUUGGAUCGGGCUUGUCAUUUGCAACAAACUGGAAACUUUAUGAAGCUGAUUGAUGAGAGGUUGGGGUCUGAGGUCAACCAAAAGGAAGCAGAAAUUAUGGUUAAAGUAGCUCUGUUGUGCACAAAUGCUUCCUCAUCACUUCGGCCUACCAUGUCCGAGGUUGUAGGCAUGCUCGAAGGGCGAAUGACCGUUCCAGAAGUGAUCCCAGAACCAAGCACCUACAGUGAAGAUUUGAGGUUUAAGGCCAUGAGAGACCUCCAUCAACAAAGGCAAGAGCACAGUUCGAGUGGAAGUCAGAUCCAAAACUCAACUACAGUCCAUAGAUUUAACACUUCCUCUACAUCUGGACACGACUUUGGUGAAAUCAAACCAGAAUCAAGAUCUUGUUGAGUGGGGGUGAGCAUUCCGAUGUGGGUUUUCAAUUACUUCAAUAAUAAUACCACUCGCAAUAGAACGAAUCGUUGUAGGAUAAUGUCUAUAUUGAGGGUGUCGAUCCACAGGGAAUGUAUUGGUUGCAUGCAUCAAGCUUUAAUAAAAUCGGUCCUAAUUUAUCCUUUGGAAAUAAUGUUGUUUUUGUGAUUUUCAAGUUGUAAACUACUAACAGAAAUUAAAU